AUGCUUCCUAGCAGUGUCGUGAAUUCUCCUCCACCCGCAUCUCUCCGCCCGCCUGUCUCUCCCGCUACUCAUCCCAUUUCCCCGUUUCCUCCUUCUUCCUCUCUCCCCGUUCCGCAGCGCGAGCUUCUCAAGUCUCGUCUGCUACAGCCGGCGGACAUAGCAGGGGGACCCGCCUGUCUCCCCCCCCUCCUCCGCGCCCACCCCCACGUCGCCCCCCGCAUCAUCUCCGCCCUCCUCACCUUCUGCGUUCCCCCCCAAGACGGGAGAUGGGGGGAGGGGCGGGAGGCCAGGCGGGACUGGGGGAGAGGCUGGGGGGGGGAGGGCAUGGGGGGAGGGCUGGACGGGCGGAGAGAGAGCGGAGAUGCAAGGGGCGGGGGAAGAGGGGGAGCAGGGGGAGGAGGAGCAGGAGCAGGAGGGGGAAACGAGGGCGGUGUUGACACUGCUUUCUUAGACGAAGCAGUACAAGCGGUUAUGGCUCUAAGUGGCAGUCGCGUGGGCUUUAAUAUCGAUCUGGAUUCUCUAGCCAUGGUGAAAGAGGCUUAUUCCGGCGCUGUGGAUUGGAUUCUCUGGGCGGCAUGCGGAUCCGAUCCGGAAUCCGCACUGGCGGCUCUCGGCCAAUCAGGAGCGUCCGGGCCCGUGCUGGCCGCGGUUGCUGCGGAAUGGCAGCAGAAAAUAGUUUUCGCUGCCCGGCUGGAGGAGGAACGGAGUGGAGGCGCAGCAGGUGAAGGGCUGCUGCACCUCGUGUCGUCCGUGCUUACCAGGAAAUGCCCCAUCCCCGUUACUGCCCGCUCUGAUACAGUCCCAUCGGGGUUCCAUCCGACCAACAUUACCAUUAUUACUCCUAGUGCUGCUUCUGCCCUUACAGCCGCUGCCCUUACUGGUCCCGUCUCUGCUCCUGGAUCUUCCCAUGCACUCUCUGCUUCGGCUCCUGUGGGAUUAGGCUCACUGCUCAGCCCAGCAGCAGGGUCGUCUUUCCCAGCAUUGUCACAUCCCGCAGCAUCACCUCCCUUAGUGUCACCUCCCCCAGCAUCACCUCCCUCUACCACCGCUGCUGCUGCAUCCGCCAGUCUGUUGGAAGCUCUGGUGGCAAACGAGGAGGGUAUUAAAGAGGACUCCAUGCUCGUAGUCCACCGCCUUCUCUACAAGCUCCUAGGCGACCCGGGCUUUAAGUACCAAUUCGCCCUCGCGUUCGUUGCUAACUACUCGGCCUUCGUGCUGGGGAGUGGCGGGAGAGGGGACGGGGAGGAGGACCGGGGGAGGUGGGGGGGAGGGGGUGUGCGGGGGAGCGGAGGGCGGAGGGGGAGGGGAGCGGCGGGGAGUGGGAGUGCAGGGAAUAGGGUAUCGAUUCUGGAGAGCUUUUCGGUGCAGAUUCUUACGGUGCCGGUGCUGACGCCGAGGCUCGUGGUGGAGGCUCGGCUGCUGGAUAUCCUGCUGGGUACCCUGCAGAGCAUGCUGCAGGGGGUGCUGGGGCGGGACGGGCGCAUCAAUGUGCCGGUGUUGACCGAACAGCAUCUCAAGAUGCCGAGGCUUGUGGUGGAGGCUCGACUGCUGGAUAUCCUGCUGGGUACCCUGCAGAGCAUGCUGCAGGGGGCGCUGGGGCGAGAUGGGCGCAUCAAUCUGUCCCGAGAGGAGGUGCACAAUGGGCGAGUGACCGACGGUAUUCCCUACUUAUCCCGAGAGGAGGUGCACAAUGAGCGAGUGACCGACGACAUUCGCUACCUAUCCCGAGAGGAGGUGCACAAUGGGCGAGUGACCGAUGACAUUCGCUACGUCCUCUCCCACUCCGCCUCCUCCCGCCACGUCACCGCCCGCCGCCCGGACCUGCUGCGCGCGUGGCUGCGCCAGCUGGCGGCCGCCCAGGUCAUGUGUCCACAUGUGCGGCGCACAACCACCCACGUGGCAAUAGAGCCUGACGAUUGGAGCUUCGCCUACCUGUUAGAAGCACAGCUGGCGACUGUCAAUCCGCUGCUCGCCGAAGCUAGCGCCGUGCCUGGGCUGGAGGCUCGGAAGGAGGCUCGGCAGGUGGAGGGAGGGUCGGGAGGGGAGAAGGGGGGAGGAGAGAAGGUAGGGGAGAAGGCGGGUGAAGGGGGUGGGUUCCCGGGGUUGGGGUUUGGAAGGAGGAAGACUUUGAGAUGGUUUGUGGAUGAGGGUGCAGGGCAACAGGCGGGCCAGCAUGCAGUGGGGCAACAAGGGCAGCAAGGGAAACAGGCAGGGCAGGCGGUGUUAGGGCUUGGCAGUGGCAGUGGCAGAGGCAGAAGCGACGACGGUACGUCAACAGCAGCAGGAGAGACCAUCCCUGGGGAUGGGGGUUGGGGGGGUGGUAGUGUUGACCUGGAUGCUGCAACCGGCUGCAAGGCAGAGGCUUUUGACCCAGAGGCAUAUGUGGAUGACUGGGGAGAGACCGACGCAGGCACACACACAUACCUGCCGCCCCGCGCCUGCGAGGUUCGGCAGGUGGCGGCCAGGUUCGGCGUUCCUCCGGCGCUGGUGCGGCUGCUGCACGAGUGUGCGUGGGUGCUGGCGCGGUGGGUGGCAGUGGAGGGGUUGAGGUCACUGGGGUCAGCGUUUGGCAGCGGGGCGAGCAGUGUGGAGGCUCUCAGACUGCUUGGCCUUACCAGACUCUCUGGUGAAGGCUCGUCUGGGAAAGGUGGAUCCGGGGGAGGAGCUGCUGGUGGGGGUAGGGCUAGGGGGGUAUCAGCUCCUUCGCUGACUGCUUCUGCUUUGGAUCAGCAGCAGCAGCAGCAGCAGCUAGAGGGUCAGCAGCAGCAGCAGCAGGGGCAGCAGCAGGUGCAGCUACAGUCGUCCGUUCUGGUGCACGCCCCAGGAGCGUCUCUGCUGUCCUUCAAGUGGGCCCAGGACGAACUGAAGAGCCUUGCCUCAGAGGCAGCUGCUGCUGCUGCAGCAGUUGCAGCAGAGAGGGCGGGUGGAGGAGGAGGGGCAAUGGGUGGUCGAAGAAGCAUGGCAGGUGAUGCUGGGGAAGCAGGAGGAGGAGGAGCAGGAGCAGGAGGAGGAAGGGGAGGAGCAGGAGGGGCAGCAGGAGGCAGCGGGAGCAGUGGAGUGGGGAGGGCAGGGAGGUUUUUAUCCGGCAUGGCAGCAGCAGCAGGGGCGGCAGCUGCUGCCGUGGGAGGCAGAGCAGCAGGAGCAGGCAGUCCGGGCUCUAGGGGGGGGAGUCCAGCGGGUUCAGGGCUAGUGGGUCAAGAGAGGUUAGCCACAGCAGGAGCAGAGGCAGUGCCUGCUCUUGGGGUUGACAUGUUGGGAAGAGAGGGAGGGGAAGGAGGUGCGGGAGGGGCGGAAGCAGGGGUGGGUGCUGGGGUAGGGGCAGGUGCAGGGCUGGGUAGAGUGGGUUUAAGAGACGGCGACGGGACUGCUGCUGCUGCUCCUGCUGCUGCUGGUGGCACGGGACGGGGAGGGGAGGAGCAUGCAAGACAGGAGGGAGAGGACUUGACCCACACGCAGAGGGGGCACAUGGGGAUUUUAAGCAACUGGCUUAGAAGGGCGUCUAGGUUCCGAGCAACAGGAGGGGAUGGGGCACAGGGAAGACACACAGACUCAGGUGAAGCAGCGGGCGCAGAGGCAGGAUGGGCAGACGUAGGGGCAGGUGCAGAGGCAGGAGAGGCAGGUGUAGAGGCAGGAGAGGGAGGAGGGGAAGCAGCGCCAACAGCCAUGCAGACAGAUUCAUUGGCAGCAACAGACGCUGCCUCUCUCUCUGCUGCGCUCCCCCCUUCCUCUGCCCCCCCUCUCUCCGCUGCUGCGGCUGGUGCGCUCGCUGCCCUGAACAGCCCCUGCUGGUGGGUGGGGCGGCAGCAGCUGUUGCUUCUGGAAGGGCUGCUGCCGUUCCCUCCCCCCAGGGUUGAACCAGGGGACAUGCCGGGUGACCUAAUGAACAACACGCCAGGGAGCAUGCCAGGGGAGGGGGGUUUGGCAGAAGAAGGGACUGAAGCAGGGGCAGAGUUGCGGGUAGGGACGGGGGUAGGGGCGGGGACAGGGGCAGCAGCAGGCUUGGGGGAACGCUGUAGCAUGGAUGCAGAGGGGGCUGAGGAGGGGGCUGAGAGUGCUCUGGAGUGGCCAGUGGUGGAGUACGAUGUGGGGCGGCAGGAGGUGUCUUUCCACCUGCCUCUGCACCGCAUGCCCGCCCUCCUCCUGCACUCCCUGCUGCACAUCUCCUGCCCCGUGCCCGACCCACAAGGGGACCCACAGGGGGACGUGGAGCAGAGGGAAGGGAAGGGAGGGAUGGUGGGGGCUGCACAGGAUAAGAGGGAGGAGAGGCGGUGGGAGAGAGAGCGGGAGGGGGGUGGAAUGGGGGAGGCGGCAGAGCUGUGCUUGCUGCGCCUGCUGCCCAGUAAGCUGCAGAGAGGAAGCUUCCUCGCAGCUGUGGCUGAGCACGGGCUGCGAGUGCAAGUGCUGUGCGCCCAGGUGAGGCUCAUGCUGUUGCUGCUGCUGCCACUGAUUCAUUCCCACGUGGUUAUGUACGGCAACCGUAUCAGCAGGCAUGUGGAGGAGGAACGGGUGUGUGUUGAGAUAUCAGCGGGCAUGUGGAGGAGGAACGGGCAGUCCAUGGUGGCUCUCUGUGAUCUCUACCACUCCGUGCACUGGUCAGUCGUUUCUGCCGCCUCUCUCUCUGUUGUACCUCUUUCUGCUGCAGUGCACCGCUGUGCGAGGUGCGAGGACAGUCUGGAGUUGGAUCUCUUUCUCCUGCAGUGCACCGCCGUCUCGGCCCCUCCUGACGCCUUUGUGCGCCAGGUUGUAGCACGCUACAGCCUCACCAGCUACUUCUCCCUCACUGUUGAAACUGCAUCAGAGUACGAGCCUGCAAUGGCGCAGGACUGCAUGGCCUUUCUCAUCCGACUCAUCUCAGAGCGAUCCUUCUCCGGCCUCCCCCCCACCGCGGCCCUUCGGAGGGAGAUAGUGCAGCGCCUAGCCAUCGGCAACGCCACCCGCAGCAGCGUCGUCAAGUCCCUCCCCCCCCGCUUCGCCGAAAACCCCGCCAUUCCUGCUGUUCUCGCCUCCGUCGCGGAUUAUUCCCGCCCCUCGGGUAUGGAACAGGGGCGGUACUUACUUAAAAGAGACUGUUACAGGGAGCUGGAUUUGUACUGCUUAAGAUGGGCGCCUAGGGAGUUGCAGAGAGCAGAGGAGAGAUAUGUGGAUGUGGUUAAGAGAUCGGCGGUUGUGGAGCAGACGCCGAGGUGGCGCGAUCCUGUCCGUCCAUUGAUGGGCCUGCGGGAGAUCGCCACGUCAGCAGGCGUGCAUGACGUGGUGCUGUCGGUGGUGCUGCACGCGUGGUGGGAUGAGGAGGGGCGGGAGAUGAGCUACCGAGAAACCAGAGGCAGCAACGGUGCCGGCAUUGGGAGUGGUGGUGGUGGUGGCGGUGGUGGGAGUGGGAGUGCAGGGAGUGGGAGUGGUAAUGGGAGUGGGUUGUCUCGUGCACCUGAUAUCGUGCUGCAUGCUGCGCUGCAUCUGCUGGCAUUGGCUCUUGACACCUGCCCGUUCGAAGCACGGUUACCAGACAACAGCAGCAGCAGCGGCAGCGGCAGUGGCAGCAGCAGCACGGCCGCAGGUCUGUUCGCCCUGCUGCCAGGAGCGACACUUUCCUCUCACUGGUCCCGCGCGUCCCACGCUGCCCCGGUGUCCCUGCUUGCUCUCCUCGUGCGUCUCCUGCGGUGCUGGCAGCGGCAGGCAGGGACGAAGCACGGCUCUGCUGCUCCUGCUGGUGGUGGUGGUAGUGAUGGGAUGGGAUUAGGGGUUGGAGAUGAAGGUAGGGGGAGGGAAGGCGAGGAGGGACGAAGCACAGCAGCUGGGGAGAGGUCGGGCGGAGCAGGAAGGGGAGAGGGAGCGGAGGGGCGGGCAGAGCUGCAUGUUCUGGUGCUGCGGCUGCUUAAGCGUUUCUCUCAGCUAAGCGACGAAUGCAGGAGGGCUCUGGAGGUGCUUUGUCCUGAGGAGUUUGAUAAGGGGAAGGGGAAGGCAGUGGUUGCAGGGGGUGGGGGAGGGACUGGGGAAGCGGGGGUGGUAGCAGCAGCAAGGGCAGGAGGAGCAGGGGGAGCAGGUGUGGGGGUUGAGGGCGGUGUGGGAGUAGGGGGCAGUGAUAUAGAGGUUGGAGAGAGUGGGAGGGGAAGUGGUGGUGGUGGUGGGGGUGGCGAGGAGAAGGGAGAGGGCGGGACGUUGAGUGAAGCCGAUGCAAAGAAGGCGUUUGCUCGGGCGAGGCAGCAAGCGCUGCUGGCAAAAAUGCGGGCAGCACAGCAAAGAUUCGCAGCAAGCAUGAGUCAAGGCAAAGGAAAGGAGGAGGAUGAGGAAGAGGAGGAGGAUGAGGAAGAGGAAGAAGAGGAGGAGAAGAAAGGGAGGGUGCUGCUCUGCUGUCUGUCAGGUGCUGCUCUGCUGUCUGUCAGGUGCUGCUCUGCUGUCUGUCAGGUGCUGCUCUGUUGUCUGUCAGGUGCUGCUCUGCUGUCUGUCAGAACUCACCCCCUACCCCUCCCAUCCACCUGCAACCCACAACAGAAGUCUCGUCUGGUGGGUCUCUCCAGCCGUCCAUCCCCCACCUGGAAGCACGGUGCUCGUCCCCCUGCUGCCCCUGCUGCACCGCCUGCUGCCUCCCACACUGCUGCUGGUGCUGCUGCUGCUGCUGGUGCUGCUGCUGGUGCUGCUGCUGGUGCUCCCACAACAGGUGUAGCAGGAGCAGGGGGGACCGGGGUAGGAAAUACUGGGGCAGUUGCAACUGGGGCAGGGGGUACCGGAGGGCAGCAGCAGCAGCAGCAGCAGCAGGGGUUGGGACAAGCGGUGAUUGUGCUGGGGGGAGCACGUGCGGCUGCUGCAGCUGCUGCAGCUGGAGCAGCAGCAGGGGCAGGGGCAGGGGCAGGGGCAGGGGCAGGGGCAGGUGCAGGUGUGGGUACAGGCACAGGUGCACAGGUGUGGGUACAGGCACAGGUGUGGGUACAGGCACAGGUGUGGGUACAGGCACAGGUGUGGGUACAGGCACAGGUGUGGGUACAGGCACAGGUGUGGGUACAGGCACAGGUGUGGGUACAGGCACAGGUGUGGGUACAGGCACAGGUGUGGGUACAGGCACAGGUGUGGGUACAGGCACAGGUGUGGGUACAGGCACAGGUGUGGGUACAGGCACAGGUGUGGGUACAGGCACAGGUGUGGGUACAGGCACAGGUGUGGGUACAGGCACAGGUGUGGGUACAGGCACAGGUGUGGGUACAGGCACAGGUGUGGGUACAGGCACAGGUGUGGGUACAGGCACAGGUGUGGGUACAGGCACAGGUGUGGGUACAGGCACAGGUGUGGGUACAGGCACAGGUGUGGGUACAGGCACAGGUGUGGGUACAGGCACAGGUGUGGGUACAGGCACAGGUGUGGGUACAGGCACAGGUGUGGUGUGGGUACGGGCACAGGUGUGGGUACAGGCACAGGUGUGGGUACGGCACAGGUGUGGGUACAGGCACAGGUGUGGGUACAGGCACAGGUGGUGGGUACGGCACAGGUGUGGGUAAGGGCACAGGUGUGGGUACAGGCACAGGUGUGGGUACAGGCCAGGUGUGGGUACAGGCACAGGUGUGGGUACAGGCACAGGUGUGGGUACAGGCACAGGUGUGGGUACAGGCACAGGUGUGGGUACAGGCACAGGUGUGGGUACAGGCACAGGUGUGGGUACAGGCACAGGUGUGGGUACAGGCACAGGUGUGGGUACAGGCACAGGUGUGGGUACAGGCACAGGUGUGGGUACAGGCACAGGUGUGGGUACAGGCACAGGUGUGGGUACAGGCACAGGUGUGGGUACAGGCACAGGUGUGGGUACAGGCACAGGUGUGGGUACAGGCACAGGUGUGGGUACAGGCACAGGUGUGGGUACAGGCACAGGUGUGGGUACAGGCACAGGUGUGGGUACAGGCACAGGUGUGGGUACAGGCACAGGUGUGGGUACAGGCACAGGUGUGGGUACAGGCACAGGUGUGGGUACAGGCACAGGUGUGGGUACAGGCACAGGUGUGGGUACAGGCACAGGUGUGGGUACAGGCACAGGUGUGGGUACAGGCACAGGUGUGGGUACAGGCACAGGUGUGGGUACAGGCACAGGUGUGGGUACAGGCACAGGUGUGGGUACAGGCACAGGUGUGGGUACAGGCACAGGUGUGGGUACAGGCACAGGUGUGGGUACAGGCACAGGUGUGGGUACAGGCACAGGUGUGGGUACAGGCACAGGUGUGGGUACAGGCACAGGUGUGGGUACAGGCACAGGUGUGGGUACAGGCACAGGUGUGGGUACAGGCACAGGUGUGGGUACAGGCACAGGUGUGGGUACAGGCACAGGUGUGGGUACAGGCACAGGUGUGGGUACAGGCACAGGUGUGGGUACAGGCACAGGUGUGGGUACAGGCACAGGUGUGGGUACAGGCACAGGUGUGGGUACAGGCACAGGUGUGGGUACAGGCACAGGUGUGGGUACAGGCACAGGUGUGGGUACAGGCACAGGUGUGGGUACAGGCACAGGGGCCGAGGGGCGAGUGGCAGGUGGAUGGGGAGGAUUUGAUGGACAUACUGCAGCAGGAGCUACCGGGGGAGGUGCGAUUCACCACCACUAUAGUCACAGGAGAGGGGUGGCCGGGUGUGGAAGGGGGUGGGGAUGGGUUAGGAGUGGGGUUGGGGCCUGGUGGGGUGGGGGGAACGGGCAGGGGGGAGAGGGGAGUGGGGGAGAGGGGAGGAGGGGGUGCGGAAGGGGCGGUUGCAGGAGAGGGCGGGGGAGGGCAGGGGGGGAGGGACGAAGCGGGGACUGAGGGGCGAGGAGGGGAAGGAGGGGAAAUAGUUGUGGGGGCGAGCGAGGAGGAGACAAGAGAAGAGGAUGAGGAUGAUGAGGAGGAAGAGGAGGAAGAGGGAGAGGAAGGGGGGGAGGAGGAGGGGGAGGAUGAGAUGAUGGACGGGCAGGGGUUGCUUCUCCUGGGGGAGGAAGAGAUGGGAGAGGCGGGGGUGGAAAUGUUCUCAGAUACCGAUGAUGACGACACUGGUGAUGAUGAUGGUGAUGGUGGGAAUGGGGAUGAUGGGGAUGAUGCGCAGGAGGAGGGUGCUGGUGCUGGUGCUGGUGGGGAUGGCAAUGGGGAUGAGGUGAUGCUAGAUGCUACGAGUCAGGGGUUGGAAGAGGAUGGGGAUGAGGGGCAGCAAGGAGGGGGACCACGAGAGCAACAAGAGGGGCAGACCCAAGGAGGGGUGACGCGGGCAGCAGCAGCAGGGGCAGCAGCAGUGGAGCAGCCUGGUGCAGGUGGCGCAGGCACUCAUGGUGUAACCACAGUGCCGCCUGUUGCUGCAGUGCCGCCCGUUGCUGCAGUGCCGCCCGUUGCUGCAGUGCCGCCCGUUGCUGAAGUGCCGCCCGUUGCUGCAGUGCCGCCCGUUGCCACACUGCCUGAUGCUGCUGCAGUAGUGGGAGCAGGCACUGCCAUUCCUGGAACCACAGCAGAAGCCACCGAACCGACAGGGAGAGCCAGAGCCACCGUACCAACAGGGGCAGGGCAGGGGACUGGAGGGGAAGCACGAGCAGGGGCAGGGGGAGCGCGAGCAGGAACUGGGGGGGCACGAGCAGGGGAGGGGGGAGCUGGCGCAGCCAGGGGGAGGUUGGAUGCGGUGCAGGCUGCAGCAGGGGAGGUGUUUCGUGGGUUCUGGAUGAACAUUCCCCCCAUCAGGCGCACUGCUAGGCUGAGGCGCAGGGGCAUCUCGGGGAGGGCGGAUCUGUUUGGGCAGGGGGGGGGAAGGGGGAGAGGUGCGGAGGAGAGGGAGAGUGGGGCGGUGGUGGGCGAGGGGAUGGCGAGUGGGGUGUGUGUGAAGGGGUGUGGGCAUGUGAUUCAUCAUUCAUGCAUGGACCAGUAUUUUUCAAGUCUCUACCAGAGGUAUCUGAGUGGUUCCUUCUACGAGGGCUCAUCAGUGGUGGACCCGGAAGCGGACGGGUACAAGAAGCAGUGCAUAUUGGAGCAGCAGCAGGAGCAGCAGCAGCAGCAGCAGCAGCAGCAGCAGCAGCAGCAGCAGCAGCAGCAGCAGCAGCAGUGCCUAGAGUGGCAACAGGAGAGGCCGGAAAGCAUGGGUCAGAAGGCAUGUCAAGUAGUGGCGCGCUCCGAUUCGUCGAGAUUCCGCCACGUGGCGCUUGGUCGCGAGCUACAAGGCCUGCUGAUCUGGCAGAGUUUGGAGUACACCGUCGCCUGCGCUGAGCUGGCAGGGCGAGGGGCGCCACCUGGCUGUCCAGCUGGCAAGGUUGACACGUCAGCACAGUUCUGGGGGCUGGGGGAGACGGCUGCGGCUAGGAUGAGGACAGGUGGUGCGAUGUGGUUGGCUACUGCUGAAGCGCGAGUUGCGGCAUUGGCUGCUUGUGCGGAGGAGGAAGGGUGGAAGGGGGAGUGGAUGGAGGGAAGAGCAGAGGGAGAGGGGAGUGGGUGUGAGGUAGCAAGCAUGAGGGGGCAAGAGAGAGGUGGGUCGAGCAGUGGAGUGCAAAUAGGGAGUUCAAGAGGCAUGGGGGUGGGAGGGGAUGCCAGCAGUAGUGGUCAAGAGAGGAGUGAGGAAGGAGGGAACAGCAUAGGAAGAGAGGUGAGCGGUGGUGAGGAGAGGAGCAGUGAUGGUGAAGGGAGGAGUGGUGGUGGGGAGGAGAGAGGUAGCAGUGAGACGAUGGACGAGGAGAGGAGACAUCAGGAGUGGAGGAGGCAGCUUAUAGAGAGGAUGCAAGGGGGUUCGCUAGGGGGGGGAAGGAAGAGGAAGGCGGAGGGCACAGUAGGAGCACUGGCUCGCCUGGCAGUGGCGCAGGCGUCUCACAGCACACAUGCUGUCUUGCUCAGGACACGUGGCAUGCUGCUAUUGGUCGACAGCUUGGCCCCUGGGACACCGUUGGAAGCAGCACAAUCCGCACCUCUUGUUGCAGCCGUCCCUUCAUCUGCUUCAGGCUCGAUGCAGCACAGAGCAUACAGAGAGGAGGGUACAGGGGGUGUGGUGAGGGAUGCAGUGCAUCUGGCAUACACAGCAGCAGUGGCUCAAGCACUGCUGCUUCUCGCCCCUGCUGCCAUCCGCCUAGGCUUACUCCCCUCUCCUCUUCCUCUUGGCAGUGUCCUUAAUCAGGCAUCCUCAGGCUCUAAUAGCGUUCCUGAGCCCACCCCUGCUCUGCCGCCGUUCCUCUCGUCUCUGCUCGCUGCCAUGCUGCAUGCGCUAGCUGCUGGUUCCCCGUCGUCUACCCCAGCGACAGAUGCUGCUGGUGCUGCUGCUACACCUGUAACCGUCACACCAUCAGCAGCAGCAGUAGAAAUACCACCAAUCCCCUUGCUCGCCACAUCUCCCUCCAACUCCGUCUCUACCCUCUCCUCCCCCUCUGCACCUCUCCUACCGGACCUCCUCCUCCAGCAGACCUCAUUCCUGGAUGCCGUGCAUCGCCUCUCCCUGCCCUUCCUGCGCCGCUCCGCCCUCCUCCUGCACCUCCUCUCGCGCAACGUGUUGGCACAGCAGGAGGUGGCGGAAGCAGCGGUGUGGGAGCGGGAGUUCCAGCUGCCUCCGCUCCCUGUGUUGCUCUCUGACCCUGCCGCUGUGCACCUGAUGCUCUCCCGGUGCCACCACGCUGCUGCUGCUGCUUCUGCUGCUAAUGCUGCUACUGCUUCAAGGGCAAGCUCGCCUACUGCUGCUGCUGCUGCUGCUGCUGCUGCUGCUGCAGCAACACCAGCAACACUGGCAGCAGCAACAGCACCGGCAGCUGCAACGGCGGCAGCAGCGGCAGCAGCAGCGACUGCAGUUAUCUCUCCCUUGUCUUUGCACCAGCCAUCACUCGCCUUGCCCUUCCGCCUCGUCUCCCUCCCCCAUCGCUAUCUCGACUUCUUCCAACGCGUGUGCUGCAUUGGAGCCCCCCUCUCAGCAUGUGCUGCAUUGGAACCCCCCUCUCAGCGUGUGCUGCAUUGGAGCCCCCCUCUCAGCGUGUGCUGCAUUGGAGCCCCCUCUCAGCGUGUGCUGCAUUGGAGCCCCCCUCUCAGCAUGUGCUGCAUUGGAACCCCCCUCUCAGCGUGUGCUGCAUUGGAGCCCCCCUCUCAGCGUGUGCUGCAUUGGAGCCCCCUCUCAGCGUGUGCUGCAUUGGAGCCCCCCUCUCAGCAUGUGCUGCAUUGGAACCCCCCUCUCAGCGUGUGCUGCAUUGGAGCCCCCCUCUCAGCGUGUGCUGCAUUGGAGCCCCCCUCUCAGCGUGUGCUGCAUUGGAGCCCCCCUCUCAGCGUGUGCUGCAUUGGAGCCCCCCUCUCAGCGUGUGCUGCAUUAGAGCCCCCCUCUCAGCGUGUGCUGCAUUGGAGCCCCCCUCUCAGCGUGUGCUGCAUUGGAGCCCCCCUCUCAGCGUGUGCUGCAUUGGAGCCCCCCUCUCAGCGUGUGCUGCAUUGGAGCCCCCCUCUCAGCGUGUGCUGCAUUAGAGCCCCCCUCUCAGCGUGUGCUGCAUUGGAACCCCCCUCUCAGCGUGUGCUGCAUUGGAACCCCCUCUCAGCGUGUGCUGCAUUGGAGCCCCCCUCUCAGCGUGUGCUGCAUUGGAGCCCCCCUCUCAGCGUGUGCUGCAUUGGAACCCUCUCUCAGCGUGUGCUGCAUUGGAACCCCCUCUCAGCGUGUGCUGCAUUGGAACCCCCCUCUCAGCGUGUGCUGCAUUGGAACCCCCCUCUCAGCGUGUGCUGCAUUGGAGCCCCCCUCUCAGCGUGUGCUGCAUUGGAGCCCCCCUCUCAGCGUGUGCUGCAUUGGAACCCCCUCUCAGCGUGUGCUGCAUUGGAACCCCCUCUCCUCUCCUCCCCCCUCCGCCGUUUGUGA